AUGGCUCGAAAACCAAAUUUUUCCAGUCUGAAAAUCGAAACUUUGAUAGAAGAAUUUCAGAAUCAUAAAGAAGUGCUUAAUUCUUCGUUUAACAACACUUCUACAAACGCAUCAAAACAAAGAGCAUGGGCCAGUGUGGUAUCAAAGGUAAGCUCGGUAAGUGGAGUGAUGCGAACGGCCGAAGAUGUUAAGAAAAAAUGGAGGAAUGUUUCCAGCGACUCAAAGAAAAGGUUAUCGUAUGCGAGGAAGGAGGCUACCAAAACAGGAGGAGGGCCAUCUUCAGCAGUGGAACCGAGUGCGACAGACGUAAGAGUAUUGGAGACAAUGGGACAGACAGCAACAGAAGGAAUUCCUGGAGGAAUAGAUACAGCUGGCCCAUCUUCCUCCAAUACAAGUCUUCAGGAAACUUUUGUUGCUGAUAGCGACCAACAAGAGAGUGUGAUAGAAUCCACGUCAAAGAACACUUCCAGGAAACGGAAAAGAUCUUCAGGAAAUGAUGAGGCACACGACCUAGUGGAAAUAGAAAGGGAGAGAUUAGAGGUAGAGAAAAAAAAGGCUGGAAUUAGAAGAAAGAAGACUAGAUCUGGAACAGAGAAGAUUUGA